AACAAUUUUAAGCAGUCAAAACAAUCUGCACUAUCUGCAGCGCCAUUUUCUAAGACUUUGGCGGGAGCUGACGCCGGCACCUUAGCUCCUCUGAAGCUCGCGUUACAAUUUUGACUUUUAAUAUGGGUGAUAAGGACGGAGAAGCCUUCGAUGACGCCGUCGAGGAGCGCGUAAUCAACGAGGAGUACAAAAUAUGGAAGAAAAACACACCCUUCCUCUACGAUUUGGUGAUGACCCAUGCCUUAGAGUGGCCGUCGCUCACCGCCCAAUGGCUGCCAGACGUCACCAGGCCAGAAGGAAAGGACUUUUCCAUCCACCGACUGAUCCUGGGCACGCACACGUCUGACGAGCAAAACCACCUUCUCAUUGCCAGCGUUCAGUUGCCCAAUGAGGACGCUCAGUUUGACGCAUCUCAUUAUGAUAAUGAAAAAGGAGAAUUUGGUGGCUUUGGUUCGGUAAGCGGCAAAAUUGAAAUCGAAAUCAAAAUCAACCACGAAGGCGAGGUGAACCGUGCGCGCUACAUGCCCCAAAAUCCAUGCGUGAUCGCGACAAAAACACCUUCAAGCGAUGUUUUGGUGUUCGAUUACACAAAACACCCUUCCAAGCCCGACCCGAACGGCGAAUGCCACCCAGACCUUAGGUUGCGCGGUCACCAAAAAGAGGGCUACGGUCUCUCAUGGAAUCCCAACCUGAACGGAUACUUGCUCAGCGCCUCAGACGACCACACCAUAUGUCUUUGGGACAUCAACGCGACACCAAAGGAAAACCGCAUCAUCGAUGCUAAGACCAUCUUCACGGGACACACCGCGGUGGUGGAGGACGUGGCGUGGCACCUGCUACACGAGAGUCUCUUUGGGUCUGUCGCUGAUGACCAGAAGCUUAUGAUCUGGGACACAAGAUGCAACAACACGAGCAAGCCUUCACACACAGUGGACGCGCACACCGCCGAAGUCAACUGCCUCUCGUUCAACCCGUACUCAGAAUACAUAUUGGCCACUGGUAGCGCGGACAAGACGGUCGCUCUGUGGGACUUGCGCAACCUCAAGCUCAAGCUGCACUCGUUCGAGUCGCACAAGGACGAGAUAUUCCAGGUGCAGUGGUCGCCGCAUAAUGAAACAAUCCUCGCCUCCAGCGGAACUGACCGUCGUCUCCAUGUCUGGGAUCUCAGCAAGAUCGGCGAAGAACAGUCCAGUGAGGAUGCUGAGGAUGGACCUCCUGAACUUCUGUUCAUUCACGGUGGACACACAGCUAAGAUUUCCGACUUCUCGUGGAACCCCAAUGAGCCUUGGGUGAUUUGCUCAGUGUCUGAGGAUAACAUCAUGCAGGUUUGGCAAAUGGCGGAGAACAUUUACAAUGAUGAAGAGCCAGAGGCCGCUGCCUCAGAGAUGGACACCGCUGCUUCGUAAAAUACGGUUUUGUCACCAUCACUCAUUUCCUCACUUUCCACAUUGCUAGCAUAGACAUUCAUGUACAACUCUACAAUUCGUGGUGUUAACUUUCAAAAAAUUUUGUGUUUCUCGCACUGAACAGCAAAGCAUUAUAAAAAAUCCUCCAUCAGUUUGAGGGUCAUCCAAGUGUAAGAGUAAGAAGUUUUAUUGCGUAAGGAAUUUUAGCUGUAAGCCUUUCACUCUAUGAAGGAACCGUUUGGUAUAAAUAUAAAUUCAAAUCUA